GAAGAAGUACAAACACAUGAAGAAAAGAGAAGACGACGCCUCAGUCGCCAUUAGAGUGUUCUGCGUUAUUGUCUUUCAUAUUUUAGAAACAAAAACUUAAGGAUUCUUUUCCUUAUCCUCUAAACCAGCGUGUAAAUUUGUUGUUCAGUCACAAAUUGUAUAAAAUAGGGUUUUAGUUGGUUCAUUAACUAUAUCCAAUCGGUUGGGUGUGGUUCGAAAACAAACGCAACGAGUAUUAAUGAUAUACAUCGAAAUAACAUUUCCCUGGAAGCUACAACAUGAAACAUUCUUUGAAAAUCACCCUGUUUGUAUUACUAUUGUGCGGUGUGUUUGGUGCUGAUGAAGUAAAGUCAGUGAUGGAGGGAGAUUCUGUUACUCUAACCCCUGAUCCUGCCAAAAUACAGGGAUUUAGUAAGAUACAGUGGAGGUUUGGAAAUACACGCAUUGCUCAAAUCAAGGGAACUGAGAGCUCAACUGAAAAUGAAGAUAUAUUCAGAGACAGACUGAAGCUGGACCAUCAGACUGGAUCUCUGACCAUCAGGAACAUGAGAAUCAUACAGUCUGGACUUUAUCAACUACAGAUUGACAACCGUAACACUGGCCUAUCAUAUAUACAAUUCAACGUUACUGUCAAAGAGUCUCCAUCUGUUAUUGCUGAGGGUGAAGCUGAAUCGAAGCUCAUGUCAGUGACAGCAGGAGAUCCUGUCACUCUUCAUGUUCCUCAAAUACAAGGAGAUGAGCUGAUAGUCUGGAGGUUUGGAGAUGAAGGAAAACUCAUAGCUAAAGCUGAUAUAGAGGCCAAGAGCUCAUCAUUAUAUGAUGAAACUGAUGAGAGAUUCAGAGACAGACUGAAACUGGAUCAGACUGGAUCUCUGACCAUCACAAACACCAGCACCACAGACUCUGGACUUUAUACAGCGAAGAUCAGCAGCAACAAACAGACUUUAUACAAGAGAUUCACUGUUACUGUCAGUGAACGAGGUUUCUCUGGAGGUGUUGUAGCAGGGAUUGUUAUUGGUGUUCUGCUGCUGGCUGUAGCUGUAGCUGGUGUGAUUUACUACUUCCUUCGCCCCAUUACCAACAAACUACCAAACCAAACAUGGUCAGUGCCGGUGAGAGAUAAUAUCACUCUAAACCCUGAACCUGAAAUACAGACUGGAGAUGAGAUACAGUGGCUGUUUGGAGAUGAAGACACUCUCAUCGCUGAAAUCAAAGGAGAGAACAGAGAGAUGAAGACAUAUGAUGGUCCUGAUGAGAGAUUCGAGAACAUACUGAAGCUGGACGAGACGACUGGAUCACUGACCAUCACACACAUCUCUGAACACUCUGGACUCUACACUCUGAAGAUCAGAAGAGGAAGAGAAACCUUCUACAAAAGAUUCAAUGUUUCUGUCAGCGAGAGGAUGAUAACAGUGACAGAGGGAGAUCCUGUCUUUCUAUACCCUGAUACUAAAAUACAGAAAGAUGAUGAGGUUCAGUGGCUGUUUGGAGAUAAAGAGCAGACUGUCCAGACUGAAAUCAAGAACACAGAGGUGACUAAAUAUACUGGAACUGAUUGGAGAUUCAGAGACAGACUGAAGCUGAACGAGGAGAAAGGCAAACUGAUCUUCACAAACAUCACCGCUGCACACGAGGGAUACUACACUCUGAAGAUCACAAGAGGCAGAGACAAAAUAUACGAAAGAUUCAACAUUUCUGUCACCGAGAGGAAGAUAACAGUGAUGGAGGGAUAUCCUGUCACUCUAAAACCUGCUUAUGAAAUAAAGAAAGAUGAUGUGAUUCACUGGCUGUUUGGAGAUAGAGAGUAUCAGACUGUCAUAGCUGAAUUCAAUGUAAAGACCGGAGAGAUCUCAAGACAUGCUGAUGUUGCUCUUGGGAGAUUCAGAGACAGACUGGAGCUGGACGAGACGACUGGAUCUCUGACCAUCAACAACACCAAAACUACACACACUGGAGUCUAUAAACUAGAGAUCAUCUCCAGCAGAGGGGUUACAAAACAGACAAUCACUGUCACUGUCAACUGUUCUGUUCUCAAAAAAGAAGCGAGGGAGAAAUUAGUGAUGAAGGAAAAGACUGAUGACACAGAAAACCGAGUGAAUGAAUCAGUGACUGUAGAGAUGGAGAAGAAACCGCUGCUGAAUGGAGAGGAUGUGAAUGUAGUGAAUGAAGAGCGGACGAGUUCACUUUAA